GUCAUGCUCAGCCACCGUAAAUCAAGAUGGGGACACCUUCAUCACCAACAGUAAAGAACACACCCACGCCUCCAAACCCGGGAUACUGACGGCAGUGCAGAUGACACAGAGGAUCAUCAAGACAGUGAAAGACGCCCUGUUUGUACCGGCACCAACUAUCGUGGAGAGAGUGAUGGAGGAGAUGGCAGAUCCAAGGGAACCGGAAUUCGCUCGUCCGAAGUUCAACAAUGCCGUGAGGGCAGCCAAUUAAGAAACGAAGACAAGCUGAUCGACCAGAGGAACCCAAGGACAUGAACUUCGAGAUUGACUUGGACUUCCUGGAACGCCAUACUUCGUCGGAUUUCUACAGAGGAGACGUCAUCGUUGGAGAUCAUCGACACCUCAUCUUCGCAUCAGACCAACAACUGCAACACCUUGCUUCAGCAAAGACGUGGUACAUCGAUGGAACCUUCAAGAUUGUUUCCAAGCCUUUUGUGCAGCUGUUAUCGAUCCACUUCUUUGCCAGAUCCGGAGACAACAUGAAACAGCUUCCAGGGAUCUACGUCCUCAUGCCAAGGAAAAGGACGAAGGACUACAAGCAGGUGUUUGCCAGAAUUUUGGAGCUGCUGCCAUCGCUCCCUGUCACCUAGUUGUUAGUUUCAGACUUCGAGGAGGGAAUGUGGAGAGCUGCGAAGUCUAUGUUGCGUGGCAUCCGGAUACACGGUUGUGCUUUUCACUGGGGACAAGCAGUAUGGCGUCAUGUUCAGGAGAUUAGAUUACAGAUGGACUACAGCCAGCAGGAUGGUGUAUUCAAAUUUGUUAGGAAGCUGCUUGCCCUGCCAUUUCUGCCAGAAGAACAGAUUCCUGUCGCGUUCAACACACUGAAGGAGACCGUCACCAGCGACCGACUGAUACAGCUGACCAACUACAAAGAGAGGACCUGGAUCAACGGCGACAUCUGGACACCAUCAUCGUGGACCGUCUACCGUAUGACUGUGAGGACAAACAACGACGUCGAAGGAUGGCACCACCGCAUCAACAGGAGAGCCCAGAAGUCCAACCUGCAGUUCUAUGUGCUUGUGAUUCUUCUCUUCAAGGAAACCGCCUGCAUCCCGAACCAACUUAAGAUGAUCAGCGAGGAAAACUCCGGAGAUACCAACGAAAGACUACAAGACUUCUACAGUGCCGCAUCAACCAACUCUGGGACAACUACAACGAUUGAUCCAUCAGUGCCAGCAAACUUCUGAAGAAAUGUGGACAGAUCUACAACGGA